AGUGUCCAGCAGCCUAUUGCUGUCCCAUACUUAUCAUCAAGGCCUUCAAAGAUUGAUCAAUCUCCGGCAUCCGGGCACGAAUAGAACUGGCCACUCAUGCAGACAAAAGUAACGACAAUAACCAUUAUCACUUUCAGCCAAAACUCGUUCUUCGCACAUAGACGACUUAAAACAUCGCCGACAGUUUGCAUCGGUGCAGUCCCAUCUUGAGAUAUCUAACACCACCACGCUCAAACACCUGUUCACUGCCAGAUUUCCCUUCGCCAGCUCUCCGGAGUCACUAAAGUUUCUACCGGACACCCCAGUCUAUCAAGCCGACUUACCGGCAGUAUGGAUAUCGUGCUUGAAAUUGCAGAUACAUUCGCCGCCGACCAUCUCUAUGCCUGGCUACUUCCGGCACGCCAGGCUCCCUAUGACUUCUCUCUAGACCCCCCUUCUAACGUCACAUCAAGUACAUUCUCGGCAUGGCAAUACAAGCCUGCUACUCGAUGGAUGUACCUCGAACCAACAGACGCUGCCUUUGAGAGCUCGUGGGACAGGGACAAUGUCGUCCGUCAGCUCAUGACCCUCUACGCCAUCACUGUGGUCUUUGGGUUUCUCACCUACUUCAUAUUUGCCUCGCUCUCGUACGUCUUUAUCUUCGAUAAAAAAAUUCUUACCCACCCCAAAUUCCUCAAAGACCAAACCCGGCUCGAGAUGCUGCAGGCUAUCCAGGCGAUGCCUGGGAUGGCCCUAUGUACGGCUCCCAUGUUCGUGCUGGAGGUCAGGGGCUACGCCAGGCUCUACGACACCACCGAGGAGGGACCAGGUCGAUGGUACGACUUUGCGCAGUUCCCCAUCUUCAUACUCCUGACCGACCUGCUCAUUUAUUGGAUCCAUCGUGGCCUGCAUCAUCCAACGAUCUACAAGCGCCUGCACAAGGCCCAUCACAGAUGGAUCAUGCCUACGCCCUAUGCCAGUCACGCCUUCCACCCACUCGAUGGUUUCGCUCAGUCUCUUCCUUACCACAUUGUACCAAUGGUCAUUCCUCUGAACAAAUGGGCCCACGUGGGGCUGUUCAUAUUCGUCAACUUCUGGUCCAUUCUCAUCCAUGAUGGAGAGUACCUCGCUGACAAUCCCGUCAUCAAUGGAUCCGCAUGUCACACAGCACACCACCUGUAUUUCAACUAUAAUUAUGGACAGUUCACCACCCUCUGGGACCGCUGGGGAGGAAGCUACCGCAAGCCGGAUGGAGCCUGGUUCGACAAGAACACGAAGAUGUCUGAAACGACUUGGAGAUCUGGAAUCGAGGAGAUGGAGGCAAUUCAGAAACAGGUUGAAGGCGAAGAUGAUCGCACCUACAGCACAGAAGAUGCCAAAAAGACCAAUUGAUUCCCAUCGAGAGCGCUGCAGCACAAAUGGUGUCUUGUCGCAAGAUCAGGGGGAACAAGAAGCAGACAGAAGGGCAAUAGCAACAGCUUCUAAUCGUAGUUCCACGC